GUCAGUUUCGUUUUGCGGUUGCCGCAGUUGGUGACAUUUGUGCGGUUUUGGUCGGAAUUUGUGAAAAAAAUUCGCACUUUCACCUUAUUAAAUCAAUCGAAUUUGUGUUAUAAAUCAAGUCACAGUGUUUUGCUUGUUAUUGGAAUAUCAAAAAGAUAUACAGUUUUUAAAUCUGUUCAUUUUGUGUAAUUUUCCUGCUAAGACUUGUUUUUUUGGUGCAAUUGGUCGCAUUUUGGCUGUGAUAUAAUAGGAAUAAUAUUGACGGAGGAACUAAACGGUAAAACUUCAUUGGGUGUUCUUAAAAGAACCAUGGCAGUGUUCAGCGCUACUUUUGACGGAACCCACUGAUAAGAAUGGGACAAUUCCACAGAGCUCCCUGUUUAUCCAAUCCUCGAAAGGUGUGCGUGUGAGUGCACGCACCGCAUGCGUUGAUGGGCGCGGGCGGUAGCGGGGGCGGGGGGCGGGCGGCGCGCGCGCUCCGCCUGCUGUUGCUGAUUGUAUUCGCGCUCGCGGCCGUGGAGUAUCUGUUCGGCUCCAUACUGGACGCGUCGCCGCUGCGCACGUAUCUGUACCAGCCAAUCUACAACGCCACACUGCCGACUAUCAGAUCACGAGAAAAAUUAGCAGCGUCCUGGCCUAAAAGAGUACCGACUACAACGGACCUUACUCAAAACCCCGAAGUUAAAAACUCCACGAAUAUAACAAACCCCAUUUUAAAUAGUAAUAUAACACAAAUUCCGUUAGCAAAUAUGACUGGAGCGGUUAUGUUAGAAAACACGACUUCGUUGAUGGUCACCAAAAUUAUAGACAGUAUAAGAAAUCAAUCGACGACAGAGAAUUCUGAUAUCAAAAGGAAUGAGACUGAACUGCCGAUGUGUUUUGAUGAAGUACCAGGUGACUUUGGGCCUGUGCCUGUUAAUAAAACUGAAGUGGAGCUCGAUUGGGUGGAAAAAUUGUAUCCAGAAAUCCAACUGGGUGGGAUGUACACCCCACCAAACUGCACAGCGCGGCAUAAAGUUGCCAUCAUUAUCCCGUUCAGAGAUCGUCAACAGCAUUUAGCCGUGUUUCUACGGCACAUGCACCCAUUCCUGAUGAUGCAGCAAGUAGAGUACGGCAUUUUUGUCGUAGAACAAGCUGGUAACAGCGAGUUCAAUCGCGCCAAGCUCAUGAACGUGGGCUUUGUGGAGAGCCAGAAGCUGAAGGCGGGCGGGUGGCAGUGCUUCAUCUUCCACGACAUCGACCUGCUGCCGCUCGACCUGCGCAACAUGUACUCGUGCCCAAGGCAGCCCCGGCACAUGUCCGCUUCCAUUGACAAGUUCCACUUCAAACUGCCGUACGAAGACAUCUUCGGCGGAGUGUCCGCGAUGACACUGGAGCAGUUCACCAAAGUCAACGGCUUCUCGAACAAGUAUUGGGGCUGGGGUGGGGAGGACGAUGACAUGUUUUACAGGUUGAAGAAAGUCGGGUAUCACAUAGCAAGAUAUAAGAUGUCCAUAGCGCGAUACGCAAUGUUAGAUCACAAGAAAUCUACAGCUAAUCCAAAAAGAUACCAACUGCUGUCUCAAACCAGCAAGGUGUUCCAGAAGGACGGUUUGUCCACACUCCAGUACCAAGUGGUGAAGGUGACCCUCAACCAUCUGUACACGCACAUCCUAGCCAACAUCGACGAACCCAGCUGAUGGACAUACUUCGCCAAACUGCUGUUUGGCGACCAACGGUAACGUUAGGACUCGGCGUGUGAUAGAUAAUCCAAUAUGGUGGUUACCAAAGUGAUCUCUCAGUUAGGAAAGGCACGUUGAAUAUUAUAAUCAUAAAUUGAGUACUGUCAACGUGAAAUUAAAAAAAAUGCAUUAUAAAUGUUCUUGACACGAUACAAUAUAGUCUGAGUCCUGUUUAUUAUAUAGAAAAAA